AACACGCUUUCCCACAGAUGCAACAAACAUCACCGCUUCACACCUUUCGAUUCCCUUGUCUCGAAGUACACGACAGGGCGAAGCUAGGUCAUAUUCUUGGAUCAUCAUCCAUACUACUUACACACUGCCUAUUCCCUCGAGACCUAACUUGUGUGUGCUCUCUUAACUAGAAGCAAACUCACGCCUACACAUCUCAUACCUCUUACACCGGGAAACGAGUUCAAGGCCUUUCUCGACUAAUACUGGCUUUUCCAUAAGUUGAGAACCACCACAAGAAAGAAAAAAAAAGAUGGGGGACCAAGGAACAGGCGGCAUCGAAAGUCGGGGCGUGGAGAGCAAUACGACCAGACGAAUGUCGGAACCACGCCCAAAUACUCACGACGACCAGAUCAAACAACAAGCUAAGGAAACGAAGACAUCUAACGCCGAAGGUGAAGAGCAAAAAUAUGCACAGACUGGGCCGCGGCUACUAUUGCCUGUGCACACAUCCAACACGGCAGCAAAUGGCGGACUUUCUCGGAAUCCGUCCACGAGUUCCAACGCUUCUAGGGAAUCCCGAAACAUGUUUGAGUUUUCUCAAAGAUGUCGCUCUUCUAGACCGCUUGAGCCCCCAGUCACGAAGUCUACUUUGAGCGAGUUGGAUGUAAAUAAGAUUAUCCACAACCCAAAGCUACGGCAUGACAUAAACUUCGAUCCAGAUCUUCAUUUUAGGCCUAAUGUCGACGGAGAAAAGGGAAGACGCAAGCAAGAGAAGGCGAAUCAAUUCUGGAAUGCGCUUACGGAACAAUUGCAACUGUUUAUCGUUGACCGAGAUGAAUUCAUGAGCCGAUUUGGACAAGGAGAAGAAUGGUGUCUGCCAUUGUUGCUGAAGUCUGUCAAAGAAAUCAUCCAGACAUUGGUACCGCAAAGAGACCGAAUGUACCUGGAUGAGGGACUAAACGUCGAACUAAUCAUGCAGCAAUUUGGCAGAGGAAUUGCCGAUUUGGAAAAGUUGGCCUCGUGGUUGUCCGGAGUCCUCAAAUCCCAUUGUGCACCUAUGCGGGACGAAUGGGUGGACGAGAUGCACAGCCAAUUGACAAAUGGUAACAACACUAAUGACAUGGAAGAGCUGGUCCAAGGUAUGCGCAGCCUCUUGAGCGUGCUCGAGGCCAUGAAACUCGACGUGGCGAACCAUCAGAUCAGAUGUCUCCGACCAAUCUUAAUAGAAGACACUGUGCAUUUUGAGCAACGUUUCUUCCUCAAGAAAAUCCGAGACCGAAAGAUGGAUCCGAGUCCAGCUCAGGCGUGGUAUCUGACAGUCAGCCAAUACUACUCUCGAGAUCCUGCAUCCGUUCAGGCUUUUGGAGAAAUGGGCAUCUUUUUCGAGGCUCUAUGUAAGAUGAUACUCCCGUCAACAGACCCAUACUCCCAUCCCGAUACAUUUGUCUUCGACGAGGAGCGAAUGGCCAAGCUCCGAUCUGAUAUGCUUGAUGCAAUCAAUCUGGAGAUAUGCAUGCGCCUGUUCGAGGGAUUGGAGAGAAAAUAUAGAUAUUACGAUUCGAUGUCUAGCAUAAACUCCUCCGUUCCUACGCCAUUCCUAGCUACACCCUUCUCUGAUGCGUCGGGCUUUCUAAGCUCAAGAUCGGAUGAUGGGGGAAGCGAUAAUAUGGCCACUUCGAGACCAUCCAGUUUGGUUUUCAGCUCUUCCGGUUCCGCUCAGUCAUCCCCUCGAAACUCUCUUGUGCUACCCACUCAGCCAGCCACGAGUAGUGCAGACGAUCAACAAACCAAGUCAAAAGAUCUAUACAACUCUCUAGUGGCCCUCCUACAAACUUCCAGCACUAGUUCCCGAUCUAUUUCUCGAUGGAAGGCGAUGAAAGAUUCCCUGGCUCUACAAAUAUUCCGAUACACCAAUGCGCCAGCCCAGGAUCUGCUGCAGUUUGAAGAUGAGCUUGACAGCCAUCUCUCAGAACUCGCAUCCCCACUCUUCCAGCAGGUAGAGCAAUACUACCAUUACCGCUUGCUCGUGGAACUUCGACAACGAGUCAAGGACUUCAAGGGGCUUACGGGAGCCGUUCUAUUCUCGGUCGCUACGGGCGGUCGGUUACACGGCCCGACUCGCAGCUGGGAUGGCCCCCGAGAGAGCGUCAGCCGCGAACGCACCUCGCUAGAAAACGCCAUUCGAGAAGCUCGGGAAGAAGGCGGUGUGGAAGACAUGGCUACGCGUCUUGCGCACAUGGGUCUCCUGCACUGGAGAGUUUGGUCGCAUUUGGCCUACGCCGGAGAUCUCGAAAGUGUCAUGGCCGUGCCCGAUAUGCCCAUGGCAAUCUAAUUAUUAUCGGGAUAAUAUUCGAGAUUUUCGCCCCCAGUCUUUCGAUCGCUGGUUUACGGAUAGAAACACACGCACACGCCUUACACCACUAAUCAUCUCUGCAUCUCGUCUUAUCUCCUCAUCCGUCUUUCAUGAUUACAUUUCGAGUGGGUUUUACGGCGCGUCGGCAGCAUUAAUACCCAUACUCAUACCCAUUACCUACGCUUAAUCACUGCAUUGGUCAUUUACUUCUUGAGACGUUUUUCUUUCUUCAAUAAUAUGGGU